AUGAUAUCCUUUGCAACAUCAAACGGAUUGACUGUUAGUAGUACUACGUUCCCACACAAGGAUAUUCACAAAGCCACGUGGAGGUCAUCGGAUGACGAAACUCUAAACCAAAUUGAUCAUGUCCCCACAAAAACUAGAUACCGUAGUAUCAUUUACGACGUAAGAAUCCAUAGAGGCGCAGAUUGUGACACCAACCACUACUUAGUGAUUGCUAAACUCAGAUCAAAGUUAAAAAAGUUACUUAAAGAUGAAACCGUAAGGAAAGAAUAUGAGAAUGAAGUCAUGAUGAAUCUUAAAGAGAAUAAUGUGUGUAUGAACGCAAAUUUGGAUUGGGAAAAAGUGAGCAAUGCUGUUAAAAAAGCAGCGGCCAAAAGUAUUGAUAAGCGUCGUAAGGCAAGAGAUGACUUUAUUGAGAACAACACUCAAAUGACCAAAGUAGUUUUCAUAUGGGAACGGAAAAAGUGCAAAAGCGCCGUUCAAAGGGAAAGAUGA